AACGUCCACUUCUUAGUAGAAUUAGUAAACACAAACUGCACAAACAUCUUACCUUUAUUGUUAUGAGAUUUCAUCCAUUAAGUAACAAUCAAGAUGAGUGAAAAAUCUUUUCGUUGCACCAAGAAAGGAUGUCAAAUGAGCUUCACUAAUGAGGAUAAUUUUACUAUCCAUCAGAGGCAACACACAGUGUUCCUUAAUUUAGGCCUAAUUACACAAAAUGAAACAUCAGACCAAACUCCAACUCCCACCAGAUUUAUAAGAAACUGUGAAGAGGUGGGCCUAUUCCAAGAUCUGCAGAAUGUGAACCCAUUUGAAGAGACAUUCAAAAAGGCUGUGGAACUAUCAAAGAAUGGCAUUCAGCAUAAGCCUGCAGAAAAAUCAGAAGACACCACUUUACACACACCUCACAUAUUACCUCAUAUCCCAAAAGCACCUUCUCCUAGUUCAGUGAGUGACAUGAGCGAUGACACUGAAUUCACAAUGCCUGAUAAUGUGCUGAAAAUUAAAAUCUCAGAAUAUGAACCAUCAGAGCAAAAGCAAACCUGUGACAUUGUUCUACCAGCAAAAACGACGCAAAAAAAUAACACUUUAAAGAUUAAAAGCAAUCAUAAUAAGAUGAGAACUGAGUCAAAGAUAAAUAUUUAUGAUACAAAUAUUCCUCAGAAUGUGAGGAGAAGGGAAAUGAAUAGGAUGGCUCAAGUACGGAGCAGGCUCAGGAAGAAACAGUUGAAUGAAGUGUUUGAGAAUGAGGUGAGGGAGCUGAAAAAUAAGAAUGCAAAUCUGGAAUUGGAAAAUGCUAAUCUGAAAAUUGAAGUAGGCAUUUUGAGGAGGCAACUUACACAGCAGACAAGUCAACACUUGAAAGGGAAAAAGGAGUCAAGCAAAAUGGUGAACAUUGUUCCUGCCAUUAAAUUAAUACCAAUUUCAUCGGUUGUUGUGGCAACUAACGUUAAUUUGCAACAGGUGAAUGGCAUAAAGAUUGAGACUGCUGAAGAUUGAAAUAAAAAGUUUUUUUUAUUAUUGUUGGAUAGGUAUUUUCGUUAACGAAAAUAUCCAGAAGUUAAUAUAUAUUUUUUUUAAAUGUUAAAUU